CGUUUGUGAGAAAAGGAUCACAAUCAAGGGACUGUUCUUAGAGACGAUAUGCCAUCAUCAAUGUAUUGCAUUUAUAAAAGAUUUUUAUUAAAUAGAGCCACGCAGGUGUAUGUGCUGUAGGAUUUCAGGAUCUAGACGGUGUAAAUGCGCCGCAAUCUGUGCGCUCUGGAGGGACGUCAGAAAAUCAGGCUCUACUAAACGCCUUGUGUUUACACAGCAACCAUCCAAAGCCACGUUGUAGCACGCAUUCCUGGACGGGAGUGUAGCAUGCAGCGCAGAAGACUUUAGCUGGUGUUUCUCCUAACAGACGAGCGCUGCAGUAAAUCAGAGUGCAUAUGUACGAUUACUUUUAAUCUCUUGAGGAAAACUGUGCACCGGAUACACGUUUUACAUUUCGAUAACAUGGAGAAUUGCAGCUGAUCGAGAGGGUGAGCACAUGUGCAUGUUAGCUAAUCCCCCUGUUGUUACAUGAGCAUAGAGUGUGGAUGUGAACAUGGAAAUUGUUACAAAGUAAUCCCAACUUCGUCUGGUCUGGGGUUGCACGGAAUGCUUCAUCUGGGAUAUUUUAGAAGGCGUGAUUAGCUCCAGGUCGCCGUCUACUAGUUUUGGACUGAAGAGUCUGCAGUGUGAACAUGGAGAGCCAGGAGGACAAGGAGAGCAGGACGGACAAGCGCUUCGCCCUGACUUAUGUCGGCUGGUGCUCGCUGGACAGGCGGGCCACUCUGCCAAUGCUGCCGUGGCUGGUGGCCGAGAUCCGCCGGAAGAGCGAGAGGGGCGACUGCGGCCCCGUCAUGCAGCCCAGAGAAGUUCAGCUGCUGCUCAACCCCCCCUUCGUCCGCUGCGUCCCCUCCAACAGCAGCAACUCUUCGGUGUUCAUAUUCGAGCACAAAGCUCAGCUGGUCUCCCGCUUCAUCCACAACAGUAACGACCUCACUUGUUUUUCAUAUCUGCUGCGGGGCCAGCCGGACAACCCGGAGUCCGAGAUGUCCUGUCACGUCUUCAAGGCCUGCGACCCCAACCAGGUCCCUGAGGUAAUCAGCAGCAUUCGCCAGGUUUCCAAAUUGGCUCUAAAGGAAGAAGCCAAGCCCAAACAAGAAGCUGACGAGGCCUUCUACAACUCUCAGAAGUUUGAAGUGCUUUACUGUGGCAAGGUUACAGUGGGCCACAAGAAAGCUUCAUCAACCCUCAUUGAUGAUUGCGUCGAACGAUUUCGGCAGCAUGAGGUUGAACGUAAGCGCCUACGGCUUCUCAACGGUCAGCAAGGGUCUACGGAAACUGUCCCCGUGGAUUUACUCAUUGAUGGAGAAGGAGACCCACUCUCCACUGCUCUUAGUAGGACUACAGAGGAACCAGAAGCUCCAGGACUAGAAGACAUGACCACAGGUAAAUGUCCAUCCAGCAGUGCCAUUCAGAGCAGCCCACGGGGAACCUUCCCCGAGUGCAUCCUGGAGGACUCUGGAUUUGAGGAACCUCAGGAGUUCCGCACGCGCUGCAGCAGCCUGGCCGGAAACCUGCAGAGGAAGCCAGGGGAAGGCGUCAUCAUGGGUCCCACGCGCCGCAGGCACGCCAGCGCGCCAAACAACGUUCAGCCGUCUGAUUCCGACAAGAACCGCACUAUGCUGUUUCAGGUUGGACGUUUUGAAGUGAACCUUAUCAGCCCGGAUAGUAAGACCGUGGUACUGGAGAAGAACUUCAAAGACAUCUCAUCCUGCUGUCAGGGUGUCAAGCAGACCGAUCAUUUUGGAUUCGUCUGUCGGGACCAAUCAGAGUCCGGUCCCAGUCAGUAUGUGUGCUACGUCUUCCAGUGUGCCACUGAGUCCUUGGUUGAUGAGGUGAUGCUGACCCUGAAACAGGCCUUCUCCACCGCCGCAGCCUUGCAAAGCAACAAGACGCCGGUACAGCUCUGUGAAGCAUGCCCCAUGCAUGACCUGCACAAGCUCUGCGAGAGGAUUGAGGGUCUCUAUCCACCCAGAGCUAAGCUAGCCAUCCAAAAAUACCUCUCCCAGUUGACCGAUAAUGAGCAGGCGGAGAUUUUUGAGCGAGUUCAAAGACUGAAACCUGGGUCGGACCAAGAAGAGAAUGAGUUGGCGAUCCUGUAUCUAAGGCAGCUCUGUGAAGGCAAACAAAAAUCCCAUCUUCAUAUUGGAGAAGCCCCUCAGAAUGCAACAAAUAGCACAGCUGCAGGAGACGGCGCAGCCACCGGCAGUCGAUUCAAACUCGAUGUACUAAAGAAUAAAGCUCGCACAUCCCUCACCAGCUCUCUGGAAAACAUCUUCGGAAAGGGUGCCAGCAGAAUGCGGGGCCGCUUGGGAAGCAUGGGAAGCAUUAGCAGUUUCGAAAGACAGGAUGAGGAAUCUCCCGGUCACUCCCCUCCAGGUUCGCCUCCCUCCUUCCUGGAUGACGACCUGGAAUCUGGACCGCUGUUCCGUCGACGUGCUCACACCUUCAGCCAUCCGCCAGUGAGGAAGCGCAUCUCCUUUGAGAGCCAGCCAGCCAACCACACCAAACAGGCUCCACUUCGCAGACAGCACUCUGUUAACCCAGAGCUGCUGCAGACAAGUCACGUGGUCGUGUCGAGAACGCGCAGCGUUUCAGAGAGCGAGUCCUCCUUCAGCCUCCCCUCCACCUUCUCCGCUCCCACUUUCCUGAAAAGUUUUUACCAGGGCUCCCUGACAGACAGUGGGAGCUUCAAGAGCAAUGGAGAAGGCAGGAAAAGGACGCUGUCAAGCUGCAGCAAUGACUCUCUGAGCGGAGGCCUCCCUCUGACUCCACGCAGGGUCUCCUGGAGACAGAAGAUCUUCCUGCGGGUCGCGUCACCCAUGAAUAAGCCAUCUGCAUCUAUGCAAGACACAGACGACUCUGAUGCCACGGAGCUGCUGCCUCUAUCUCCCCGUGCUCCAGACCCAAGUCUGGACCCUUUUAGGCGUCUUUUAUCCCCAGCAUCUGAUCAACUGCCUGACAAGAAGCCCAAGAAGACAGGAGCCGAUUACAGGGCUCUCUGGAAAACUGCCAUCCACCAGCAGAUCCUCCUGCUGCGUAUGGAAAAGGAGAAUCAGAGGCUGGAAGAAGCGAGCCGAGAUGAGCUGCACAUCCGCAAAAUGAAGCUCAACUACCAGGAAGUGUGCUCCUGCUCCAUGGAAGCUCAGGCACUCUGGGAGAGGAAACUGACUGCUCCAGGCCGAACCACAAACCCCCAGGACAAGGAGGACAUAUACAGAGCAGUCUGCCAUGGAGUUCCAAAAAGCAGACGCGGGGAGGUCUGGUUACUCCUUUCCCAUCAGCAUCGGCUGCAGCACAGACUCCCCCACCGCCAGCAAGCUCCAGACAUCCCCUAUUAUGACCUUCUCAAGCAGCUCACUGCACAGCAGCACGCCAUUCUGGUGGACCUAGGCCGGACCUUCCCCACCCACCAGUACUUCUCAGUCCAGCUUGGUGCAGGUCAGCUUUCCCUCUACAAUUUGCUGAAGGCCUACUCUCUGAUGGACACAGAGGUCGGCUACUGCCAGGGCAUCAGCUUUGUGGCCGGAGUGCUGCUGCUGCACAUGAGGGAGGAACAGGCUUUCGACAUGUUGAAGUUCCUGAUGUAUGACCUGGGCAUCAGACGGCAGUACAGGCCCGACAUGGUCUCUCUGCAGAUUCAGAUGUACCAGCUAUCAAGGCUGCUGCACGACUACCACCGGGACCUGUACAAUCACCUCGAGGAGUACGAGAUCGGGCCGAGCCUCUACGCUGCGCCGUGGUUCCUCACCCUCUUCGCCUCACAGUUCCCCCUUGGCUUUGUGUCCCGCAUCUUUGAUUUUGUGUUUGUACAGGGUACAGAGGUGAUCUUUAAAGUGGCCCUCUGUCUGCUGAGCAGCCAUGAGGGGGAGAUAGUGGAAUGUGACAGCUUUGAGAGCAUUGUGGACUAUCUGAAAGCUACACUCCCCACUCUCACACAAACACAGAUGGAGCAGACUAUUGCAAAGGUUAUGGAGAUGGACAUCUCCAAGCAGCUGCAUGCAUACGAAGUGGAGUACCACGUCCUGCAGGAUGAGAUGCUGGAUGCCGGGCCGCCGCCCGAUGACUCGGAGCGGCUCGACAAAUUAGAGAAGACGAACGUGCAGCUGAAGAAACAGAACAUGGACCUGCUGGAAAAACUUCAAGCUGCACGGCAGAAGAUUCAGACUCUGGAGACGAGCGUGGAGAACUUCCUCUCUCGGGAGAGCAAAAUGAAGCACAUGAUUCGCUCCCUGGAGCAAGAGAGGGGAGCCUACCAGAGGACCAUUGAACGCAUGCGCUCGAGUCUACCCCCCGACACCCUGACAGAUGUGGAGAUGACCCAGAUCAAAACAGGACCCAACGGGAAAGCCAAAACUGCAGCCAAGAAGCCCUGAUGGCGGGGCGGGGGGGCUGGCUGCACUGGGCAGAUGCAGCGGCUCAGAUGCACAAGCUGACAAGUAAAGACUGUUGAAUGGAAAGCUGAUGAGCUCCACUUUACUUCUGUGAUGAAGUGCGGCAGCAUUUUGAAAAUGUUUGUGUGGAGAACAUCUUGGUUGUGUUUGCGAGCGGUAAAAAUGCAGUGGGAGGACGGAUUCAGUGAAAUUGUCAGUGUUUUCAUUGUGCAGAAAAGCUGCUGUUUGUACCGAGCAGUUUGAAGGUAGAAUCAACGUGUACAUCGUACUUCAAUGGUUAGAUCUUCCGCGGUAAUCAUGGGUGGGGGGAGAUUUCCUUGCUAGCACUGCCUUGAUGUAUUUACUACCUGCCAGAGUAACUCCACAGAAGCUGCCUGUUGCCACAUCGUCUUUCAGACCUUUUUUGGUCUGCUUACAGCCAUUACCAGUGUGUGAUCUGGGAGUAUUUUGUUGUUCUUUUACACUUUUGUCUCUGAUGGAAGCUUUGCCUCAUCGCUUUAUUACAUUUUAAUCACUUGAGGUUUUUAUGAAUGUAUUCUCUCCCUUUGGGUCAUUUUAAUAGCAUUCAUUCUUUCACCAAAAAGAUCGGCAUUAAUAAUCAGCAGAUCUAGAGUGUAGCACCACUAGAGACCUUACAGAUCUGUUCGGAACGUGCUGUUUUCUGUAGGAAGAAACAUUUCUUCUGCAUCUCAGGCAGGAUGUCAGGUCGUCUGCCUCUUCAGUUUCCUGGCCGUGCAGACGUCUCUUUUUUAGCACCGCCUUCAGACUCUGAGGCAGAACUCGCGCUCCCCAGGAGGCGCAGACUAAACAGACUGAGGUUGGGACGUGAUCUGAAUGUACGACCUGCUGCACUUACAAACAAAAAAAGCUCUGCCUGGCACUACUUUAGUUGCCUCUCAGAAGUAUUCACAGCCAUUUAACUGUUUCACAUUUUGUCUCGAUGCAAACAUCAAUAUAUUUUCUCAUGAUUUAAUGUGACAUAUCAAUACAAAGUAACAUAUAAUUGUAAAAUGGAACGAAAAUGAAACAUUCGUCUAUCGUCUAUUCCCGUUUUUCCUUGCAGGGUUGUGGGGAGGGGACUGGUGCAAUGUCCAAUGGUCAUUGGAUGGAGAGGUGGGGUACACCCUGGACACGUUGCCGGUCCAUUACAGGGCAACACAGAGACAUACAGGGCAAUUUACAGAGAGCAAUUAACUACUAGGUAACAGUCAUGUUUUUGGACAGUUGGAGGAAGUCCGAGUUCCUGGGUAGAACCCACUCAAGCAUGGGGAGAACAUACAGAUUCCAUGCAGAAAGAGCAAGAGCCCAGACGGAAAUUCGAACCGGGGACCUUCUUGCCUUUCGACUAACAAUGUAUAUCCAUUUUUAGUACAAUCUGUGUACCGUAAUACCCCUAAACAAAUUACAGUGCAACCAGAUGUCUCCAGAAGUCACAUAAUUAGCUAUCUGUAGUUUAUCCUCACAACUGUACAGCUGUCCAGUGAAGGUUUUUGAGGGUUCUUAGAGAACAAACAGCAUCGUGACUGGUCUUCAUGAAAGCAUUAUUCAGACAAACAGCCAAGAGGCCCAUAGUAAGUCUGAAGGAGCUGCAGAGAUCCACAUUUAAGGUGGAUUUGAUAUUGAAAGGACAACUUUUAGUCGUCCACUAAGCAUACCUAGCUUUUAGGUGAGAGUGACGAGAAGAAAAGCUAUUGUUGGAAGAAACCAAUUAGUAGUACUGUUUGCAUUUUCCACCAUCCAAGUAGGAGAUACAGCAGCCAGUGUUCUAGUCAGAUGAGACCAGGAUUCAGCUUUUUGAUCAACAUGUAAAAUAUGAGGUGGAAACGUAAAACUGCAAAUCCCCCUACUCACCAUCCCCAUUCUGAAACAUGGUGGUGGCAGCAUCAUACUGUUGGAAUGCCUGUCCUUAGCAGGAUCAAGAUGCUGGUUAGAAUUUAUGUACGGCUAAAACGCAGGAGGAAAGCUGUAAAAUGCUUGAGACUGAGGUGGACGUUCACCUACCAGCAGGACAACAACCCUAAACAUACAGCCACAACUACAAUGGAAUGGUUCAGGAUCCAUGUGUUAGAACGACUCAAUCAAACUCCAGACCUAAAUCAAUGGAGAAUCUGUGGCAACACUUGAUAACUGAUUUUCCCAGAUGCUCUCAGGGAAGAUGAAUACAAAUGCGCAUUGUUCUGAUUUUUAUUAUUAAACAAAUGUUUUUUUUUUUAAAAGCUUGUGGUUGUAAUGUGACAAAAUAUAAAAACGUUCAUUAGACAUGAAUACUUUUGAAGGGCCUUUUAUUGGGGUUAAGAUUUCAGUAAGAUACGAGGCUGUUUGUCACAUGUCUAAAACUCGAGAGUUUAGGUGAACAGAGAAAGAGGAAAGGAGCUAAAAUGAGCCUAAGGACACUUGAGUUGCCCUCUCAGCAUGUUUGUUUAGUAAUCAUACGCACAAGCCUGCCGUACCUCUUUACUUGUGAGUUAUAUCAGCUAAUUCACACAAGAUGUUAUUAGCUGUUAUGUAAAUAAGGCCUGAAGGUCCCGACUAAAACAGGUUUCUCUUGUGUCGAUUGAGUUGUAAUUGAAAAAUGAAUUGCAUGGAUUUACCCUGCAAAACAUAUCAAAUCGCUUGUUUUUUUUUUUUUUAAACCAACAACUUUUAUAGGAUGCAUGCGAUGGAGAGGAACUAAGCCUUCACCUGUAGUUUGGAUUACUGCAGUAUUUGUGCAUCUUGGUCAUAAGACCAUUGACCCAAAGAUGUGCUGUAUUUCCUGGAAAUAUAUGGAUCAAUUCAUCCAAAUUUAGUGGUGUAAUUUAACUUUUAUGAGUUCUUUCACCGCGUCUGUCUCGCAUUUUAUUUUUAGGUGUUGCUUUAACGAUUAUUUGAAGAAAUGCCAAAUAUUGGUCACAAAGACUUGAGUACUCGAUAAAAAAUAUGUCAGGUCAUUUUUCAUCAUCACAUAAUUUUUAUUUUCCUUUGCUACACAAUGCUCUGUAUACAGGGUUCCUAUGCAUUUCAUGUCGAAAUCCAGUACUGAAGACAACAAUUUCAGUUUUCUGACCUUUCAGCCUAUUUCUAAUGUGUUUAUUUAAAAUUUAACAAGAGAUUUAUGAGUUGUUAGAUUUUUACACUUGCCAGGCUUAUAUCGAACCUGCGAAAACUGAUGGAUGGAUGGACGGUCCAACAAGUGGAAAAGUGAAUGGUCUAAAUGAUAGAAGAAUGGCUUGAAGAUGAAUAAAUGGGCGCGUGGAUGAAGCUCAAUACUCCAUAGUUUAUCCAGACCUGGAAAAUACCUAAAUUUCAUGCUUUUUCAGACUGUAUUGGAACCCUGUACAUGAUCUAUAGAACUGUCAAAGAUUUCAGCCUAUGUUCUGUCAGAAUCACACUGUUGGGGUCAGUGAAGGCUCUACGUCUUCAUUCCUAAUUAGUGUUUGCAUCACUGUGUUUAAAGUAUCAACAUGAGGGCUACACUGAAGCAAAGAAACUGUCUUGAAUACAUCAAUAAACCUCACCUUGCCUUGUU